AUGGAAUUGAACCAUGUAAUCAAAGAGUUGCAAACACAUACAAAAGACACUGCUAUUUUCAGAGUUAGUAUUUUAUGAUUCUAUUAAUAUAGUUCUAUUGUAAUCAUUAUUGCUUACUAUAUAACUCUAUUAAUUAUUGCUCUAUAUAACUCUAAAUAAAGCAUUUUAUUGUUAUUUUUUUAGAAAUUGAUAAACUUUGCUUCAUCAUGCAAAGAAUCCUGGAAUGAUGAACAUUUGAAACAAUGGCAACCAGUAUAUAUACAUAUUAUAGAAGCUUUUAUUUUAAAUAUAGACAAUAGAGAAAGAAGUUUGUUGGCUUCCCAUACAUUUUUUGCUUUACUAUCAAAGCAGUCUAACUUAUCAUUUAUAAAAGAAACUUUUACAAGUCUUCUGAGUUCUAAACGUAAUGAAGUAUACAUUUUUGAUAAAAGAUAUAAUAUCGUUGAAAAUGAACUAUUUAAACUGAUUUGCGCUUAUGGAUAUUUGCAAGUAAAUCAUAAUGAAAUAUAUUCCAAUGAUAUCUUUUUUUUUACUUUCGAUGUUAUAUUCGAUCACUGUAUAAAAUAUACUAAACAUUCUUAUUUCGCGUAUAAAAUAUUAUAUACAUGGUUGCAAAGAACUAUGAACACAACUUUUUGGAGCACAUAUUCAGAAAUAGAGCAAAGACUUGAAAUGAUUAUUUUUUCAAAUUGGUGUAAUGCCAUUAAUGACAUAAGUAAACAAAAUUCAGUACUUAUUUUUAAUAUGUACCUGAAAAUAAUGGAAAAGAAAUAUGACAGAUAUUUGGAGUAUAUAUUUAAACAUUGUGUCAAUACAAUUUCUUGGCAGAACGAAGUAAAGUAUGAUAUACUCGCGGAAAUUUGCGAAAUUUGGGAUGAAACUAAAAUUAUUACAUCCCGUGAUUUUUUAUUUUCUUUGUGUAGUAGCUUAACAAAAUAUUAUUUGCGUUCACCUGGUACUAAAGUUUAUCUUGCGAUUGUAAAAAAGUUAAACGAAAAUGAAUGGAAAAAAGCCUUUGGAUAUAUGAUGAAUUAUCUCUUUCACCAUUGGGAAUCACCAGAAAAUGAAAAUCACAAUGCCCUUCAGUUACUCUGCAAACAUUGGCUUGAACCAAUUGUUAAAAAGUACAAAAAUCUUUUAUUUUAUUUAUGGAAUUUAAUCGCAGAUAUAAGGGAACAUAUUUUACGUUCACAUCUUCAAAAAAUGGCUUGUGAAAUGCACAUUGAUCUUCCCCAACAAGCAAAGAUUGAAUGUUAUUUAAAUCAUAAUAAAGAAAUCGUAAGGUUGAAUGGAUUUGCCAUAAAUUGUUACCAAAUAAACAAAUUGUACAAUGAAAAUAGAGAUCGAUUUUUUACCAUAAGAAGUUUUCUAUGGCAUAAUGCAAAUAGUACAACAGUCUACAUGAGAGAUGGGAUUGUAAAAUAUUUUAAAAUAUUUUAUACUAAUGUUCUAAAAAUGUGUGAUAAUAAUCCAGACUGCAUACAUGAUGUGUAUUACAUUACACAUUGGUUACAUGAACACCUUUUGGAUUGUUUUGAAAUUGGUUCUUGUUAUCAAAGAAAAAUUCUUGGUUUAAAUUUAUAUAGAGCUAUACUUUCAUUUACCAAUGGAUUUCUGAUAAAUAAGACCAACAAUGUUGAAAAUAUUUUGUCUAUUUCAUUACUAGAAAAACAUUUAAUAACAACUGGAAAUUGGAAAUUCACAAACAAAAAGAGUUUAUUUAUCUUAUUAAGACUUGUAUUGGAUUCUGCACUUGAUGUCAAACAAUUAGCUACAUCUAUUAUUCUUAAUUAUUUCAAUAAAGACAUCUUAUCUAAUGUGGAGAAACAAGUAUUAUUUCACACGGCGUUGAAAACUUGUAAUUCUUCCAAAUUCUAUGAAAUCGAAAGUGGUGCGGCUCUUAUAUCAAUUUUAAUACACUGGCUACCGUUGAAUAUUUUACAAGAUUAUAAGAAUUAUAAUUGUUUGAAAUAUUCCGAUUUCUUGUUUAAUGAAGCUAAGAGUCAGUUAAUACAAAUGAAAGAUGAUGUACUAAAAGCAAUUGUCCAAAAUAAACCAUUUUAUGGCGUGAUGACUGCUUUAUUGAAUAUUGCUUUCCAAAAUGGUAAAGAAAGUUCCGAUAUAUCUUUCGAAUUCAUUGAAAAAGUAUUGUAUCUAUUAGAAGAUGCCACAGAUUUCUUUCUACACAUACUUUCUUCAAAAUCGGAAAAUACAGAAUAUUCAUCAUCGUUUGCGGAAAUGGGAUUAGCCAUUAAUGAAACGAUUAAAAACAGUGAGAUAGAGAACAUCAAUUUAGAUGAUUUAAAUUUAACUUCUGCGCAUCAUGUGCUCAUUUCUUGCAUUUGGAUAUGUUUAUGUAAAGAAGCUAAGUAUUCUAAUUUACCAAAAACACAUAUAUUGCGUAUAUUAGAAGAUGAUUCUAUGCAUUCUUUAAACAUCACCAGAAGAGGUGCUGGAUUGUCAAUAAUGUUUCAUAGAAUUGUCGUUAGCGAUAAUCGGCGAGAUAGACCUCUUUUGCAUUUUGCGGUACAACAAUUAUUAGACCUGUUAGAUGAUAUUUCUGAUGACAAUUUAAAAAGUAUAGAAUCACAGCACGAUUCUCCGUGGGCAAGACGUUUGCAUUUUUUACGGGCUUUAGUAGCCGAUAAAGAAAUACACGCACAGUUAACUCCAUACAUGGAGAGAAUUUCCCUGACUUGUUUCAAAUACUUGCAGUCAGAAAUAUGGACUAUCAGAAAUGCAAGUCUACAAUUAUUUGGUUCGAUAGUUCCAAGAUUAAUAGGUCAAAGUUAUGGAGACACGUUGGAUUUUGGAAACGGUUAUUCAAUUAAUCAUUUUGUUACACAUUAUCCAACCCUUGCAGAUCAUGUUAUGAAAGAAUUACAUAAGUUUUCAUUUACGUUUACGAAGUUUUCUACUGCUUUAUAUUUACAUUCAAAUAUCGUUCACAUUCUUAUACUCCUUUCGAAAUUUUCAUGCAGUGCUUGUAAUUUAAUUGAUUAUUCCUCGCAAGAAUAUUUGUCAAAAGUAAGACAUUUACUUUACAUACUACUUGGAAAUCCUAUCUUAUAUGUUAGACUUUUAGCUGCAAAAGCAUAUGCGGCAUUAACAGAUUUCUUAAAAAUUGAAUUGGAGCUCGAGAAAUUAAGGUACGACAUUUCUUCAUGUCACAAUGUUAAUUUAAUUCAUGGUUAUUUGUUAACUAUGAAAUUCCUUAAGGAAAAAUUAUCCGCUGAAAUCGAAAGUAUGAAUUUAUGUUCGAAUGUCAAACAAUACACGUGUCAUGCAUCAGAGCAAUCUGCAGAAUUGCUACGAUUUCGAGAAAUAUUACAAAUUUGGAGAAAUGUGCCCAAAGGAAAAGGUAGUUUACAAAUAUGUUAUAUAAUAGAAGUGCUAUUUUUACAGUCAAAAGAAUUUAUUUCCGGUGAGAUAUCUGAAGAAGAUGUAUUUAUUUUUAACGAAAAUAGAUCUUUACUCUCCUCUGAGAAAAUAAAACCAGGAUUUUUUCAAUUUAUCGAUCUUUCUACAAAAUUGUAUGCUAACUAUAUAAAUCGCACGAAUAACGUUAAUAUUGAUAUUUUACAUAAAAUUUUGUACUCCCCUUGCAUCGAUCAAAGUAUUUCUUUUUUAAAUCAUGCGUCGUGUAGCAUUCCAAUUUUAAAAACUGUGCUCAAAUGUCUAUUGCUGAAUGAACAUGAUCAUAAUGGAUUACUUUUAAACGCAAUGAUAAAUUACUCUUUGAAAACUUUGAAGCAAUGGCCUGUACUAGACAUAAGUGAAUUAGAAAUUGAGAAAGUAAUAGAAAAUCCGUUUGUUAAGAAAUUAGAAACUGCAAGAUAUUCUAAUUUAUGGAGUUUGAAAUGUAUAUUGAGAAUCUUUUCUCGAAAUGAGAUAAUGAUAAACCAAGUACUGUCUCAGGCACUUCAAUUAAGUGUUCACGAAGAAGAACACACGAGGAGAAUCGCGGUUGAACUUACGAAAUUCGCAGUUUAUCGAUUUGCAGAAUUAACAAGUAAAAAUAAAUUAACUACUUUACAUUGCUGUUUAAUUCUACUGAAAGAUGAGAUUGCAGAGAUACAUGAAGAUAUUAUUGAAAAUCUAAAGAUGCAUGUUCUACAGACAAUUAAUAGUGAAUAUGAAAGUUUAGGACACGAUGAACUUAUAUAUCAAAGAUUAUUAUCCGAAGUGAUACUUGGAACACUAAACUUUCCUACGGAUAACGAUAUGAAUCUAUUUUUCGUAAAAUUGUUCACACACAGUAUUAAGAAUUUUGAUAGUAACAUGAUUAUUGAAAAUCCUUUUUACCAUGAUGAUAAUCCUUUUUAUAGAGAAGAGUCGAAGUUUCUAAAUCUUUGUUUUUAUUAUGUGAAACGGAAAAAGCACAAUGGUAAUAACAAUCUUAGUAUGAUAGGAUACGGUAAUGGAAUGCAUGAAUCGAAAUAUCAAUUACAAAAAGAAUGUUAUUUCGACGAUACUAAUUUAAAGGUUGUUUUAAAUACUAAAUAUGUAGAUUAUUUAUUAAUGAAACAAAAACUUGUAAUACAGAAUUAUAGAUAA